UGCUCGGCUCGCUUUCCGUAUUUUCUUCAAAGCGCAACGGCGGUUCUGGUCUCUCCCCGCUCGAGCGUCUUCAGGUUUGGCCAAGUUCAGCCCGGACGGAGCCAUGAGUGCCGUCGCCCUCCUGCUGCUGCCGCUGCUGUCGUUCGGCCACGCCGCCAUCUUCUUCAAGGAGCAGUUCCUCGACGGAGACGGUUGGAGGAGCAGGUGGGUGGAGUCCAAGCACAGGGACGAUUACGGCCAAUGGGAGCUGAGCGCCGGAAAGUUCUACGGUGACGCGGAGCUCGAUAAAGGCUUGCAGACGAGCGAGGACGCGCACUUCUACGCGCUGUCGGCCCGCAUGGAGCCGUUCAGCAACGAGGGCAAAGUCCUGGUGAUCCAGUUCAGCGUCAAGCACCAACAGAAGCUGAACUGCGGCGGCGGCUACGUCAAAAUCUUCCCCGCGCGACUCGACCAGAACCGCAUGAACGACCAGUCGCCUUUUUACAUCAUGUUCGGUGCCGACAUCUGCGGCUCGAGGAACAAGAAAGUUCACGUCAUCCUCAACUACAAGGGCCGAGGACAUCUCAUCAAAAAGAACAUCCCGUGCAAGGACGACGAGCUGAGCCACGUGUACACGCUGGUGCUGCGUCCGGACCAAACGUACCAGGUGAAGAUCGACAACCGGGAGGCGGCGGCGGGCUCGCUGGAGGACGACUGGGACCUGCUGCCCCCCCGGACCGUCAAAGACCCCCUGGCCGGCAAGCCCGUCGACUGGGACGACCGCCCCGCCGUCGACGACCCCGCCGACACCAAGCCUGAGGACUGGGACCAGCCGGAAACCAUCCCGGACCCGAAGCACCGCAAGCCGAGCGACUGGGACGAAGGCUUCGACGGCAAGUGGGCGCCUCGCACGACGAUCAAUCCGGACUACAAGGGCGACUGGACGCCCAAGCAGAUGGACAACCCCGACUACAAAGGCCCGUGGGUGCACCCCGAGAUCGCCAACCCGGACUACGUUCACGACGCUGACAUGUACAAGUUCGAUGACAUCGGCGUGCUGGGAUUGGAACUGUGGCAGGUGAAGUCCGGAACCAUCUUCGACAACUUCCUCAUCGCCGACGACGUCCAGGAAGCGGAAGAGUUUGCCCGGCAGACUUGGGGACUUACGCAGGCGGCCGAGAAGAAGAUGAAGGAGGAGCGGGACGAGCUGGAGAGGAAGGAGUGGGAGGAAGAGGAGAAGAACGGGAUGCACGACGACGAAGAUGACGGUGGGGGGGACGACCGCGAGGAUGUGCCGAAGAUCAAAAACACCGAACUGUAGUCGCGCACGAGGCUGGCGGUUACGAGGAGUCGCCGCUGACGCUGACGGCUUGCGCAGGGGCUCCUCCAUCCCCGCUUGCACUUUUCGUUUGUUUUUGAGGUCUGCUGUGUCCCUAAAAUGGUGGCCGUGGCACACUGACUUGUGUUGGCGCUUUUGCUAACCACAAUUGCUUUGACUGUUGGAGUUCUUGCGCAGCCAGUUUGCGUGCGUGUGCGUCAUUCACCGAGUUUGUUCUUAUUUUGUCUCGUCUCGAUUUUACACUUGAAAGUCCAACGUUCUUCUAUGCUUUUUCCGCCCGCGUGUGUUAAGCGUAGGGUCACUCUCCCGCUGGUCCUCGACAUUGCUUUUGGACUUGUACGAAUAAACUGACACGCCUCAACAA